AGAAGCCUCACCAUCUGUCCUCCUUUGCGCUCUCUUCUCUCACUACGAAAGAUUUAUUCUGGUUUUACUGUGCCUGUGUACCAUUUGACACAUUUAGUUGUCCUCAUUUGGUUUUUGCACUAGACUUGACUUUCUUUAGAUCGGUGGUUGCCAUCUAACAUUUUCUGCCGGACCUCAGCGCAACCCUCCACAAACGACCAAGGCUUCAAAGAACAACACUGCCUUUGCAAUCUCUAACAUUUUUCCUCCUCCGACCGUUCGCCUCACCUUCUCCCUUUGACCAUCAAUACUGAGAACGUGCCUAGUCUCACUAGCACCGUAGUGAACAGUCGUCUUACUGCCUCACCAUGGCCGACUUGGAUGCGGAACUUCUUGCCCUCGCCGGAGGCGACUCCUCCGGCGAAGAGAGCAUGCCAUCAUCCCCCAAACAAAAGUCUCCCUCGCCGCCACGCUCCAAGAAACCAACAAGAGAAUCACCAUCUCCAGACAUGGCGCGCAAGGGUGUUGCAAAGGCCGUCAAGCGUACCAAACGUCGCAAGACGUACUCGGAUGAUGAAGAUGAAGUCUCUCUGCUUUCACAACAUUCGGAGUCUGCAUCCAUGUCCCAGUCUGAUUCCGAGGCCGACUUCAGCGCUGGUGCAGAUGAGAAACCCAUCUUCCCCUACGAAAAGCUCUACUAUGACGCCGAAGACAAGGCCAGGAUCGAAGCGAAGCCCGAGAUCGAACGAGAAGAGAUUCUAGCACAGCGAAGUGAACAGGUCGAGCGUCAUGAACAAGAUCUUACCCUUCGCCGCCUCGUCGCCUCGCGAGCUCGAGAGGAGGCCAAGAACGCGGCCAAGAACAAGCGCAAGGCCAGCGCCGCAGACCUGGAGGACACGCAGCGAAAGAGCACUCGACAGCGCACAAAAGUUGGUGGCGGUCGUGUCGGAGAGGCAAGCAGUGCCAUCGAAGCCUACAAGCGUCAGCGGGAAGAGAAGAGUCUCCGUGAAGAGCAGCGAAAGAAAGACGGAUUUGCGAGAAGAGCAGCGUCACCCCGGGGCGACUACAGUGAUGCGGAUGCUGAGGGCGAGAGUGACAAUGACUACGACGACCGUCGGUAUAAGCGACGAUCCCCUACGCCACCAAAAGACGACCCCAUCGCCGAACUUGCCGACAUCCAGAGAGCUCGUGUUGGUCGUGACAAUUUUGCCCAAGUUUGCUACACACCUGGUUUCGAGGAUGCUAUUACCGACUGCUAUGCCCGUGUCUGCCUUGGACCUGGUCGUACCCAAGGAGUCAACGAAUAUCGUCUGUGCUUGAUCAAGGGAUUCACCAAGGGCAAGCCAUAUGCCAUGAUUGGAUCCAACGGAAGGCCAUUUCCCGUCGAGAUGUACGUCAAGGCAGCGCACGGCAAAGCAGAAAGAUCAUGGUCAUUCCUUGAAUGCUCUAUGUCCAAGUUUACGGACGACGAAUGGCGACGAUACCGCUCUGUCAUGGCCAAUGAGGAUUGCAAGCUACCUACUAAGUCAUUCAUCAAUUCCAAGCUCAACCAGAUCAAUCGGCUAAUCAGCCACCGCUUCACCGAAGCAGAGAUUUCGCAAAAGAUCAAAGCUCAAAACGAUCUUGUUGAGAAGAUAACCCGAAACCAAGAGAAGGAGGAUCUCAAGGCGAAGAUUGCUGAAGCUCGCGCUGAUGGGAAAGAGGAUCUUGCCGAAGAAUUGGAGAAUCAACUUGCAUCCAUCGUGCCCAUCAAACUGGCUUUUGGUACGACCUUGACCAAGCAGGAUAGCGCCUACGUCAACCCCGAACAAGAGCGCCUUGCUGAGCUCAAUCGCCGCAACCAGAGAUUGAAUGCAGAAAAUGUUCGGAAAGCGCAACUUGCGGAGAUGAGAGCACGCAAAGCAAAGAAGACCCUAGCUCCAGGCGUCGACGAACUGUUCGAGGGCGGAAGUGAUAUCAGUCGGUCGGGCACACCGGUCAAUGGCGUGGGAACUCCGAGACUUGCGGCAUCAGCAAGCAUUUCACGAACUGCAUCACCCAAUCCGCUUUCGCUGGCUAAUGGAACUCCACGAAGUGCAACGCCCCUCGCUUCCAGCACCCUGAAGCCUGUGGUUCUACAACAGCAGAAGAAGAAGGGUUUGCCUACCAUUCGCAAGUCGGCAAUGGACGAUGAGAUUAUUGCGAGCAUGGACUUGGGCAUUGACAUUGAUGACAUUGACAUCUAGGACCGAUGCGAUUCAGUCAAAUGGACGGGCGCCGAGCCUGCUGAAAUGGCUGGACCACUCCCCCGUGUUGGACCCGCUAGUUGUUCACUUGGUUACCCAAACGGCCAGGAUACGGUGUUCAUUGAACUGGGACUGGCUUGGUCUCGAACUUGUGCCAAGUAUUAGGACGAAAGUCGAAAACAGGAAAAAUUAUUCAUGAGAUGAGCCGGGGCUCUUCUACCAAUCGUACGAAACAAUAGGCAUGAGCCUGGAAAUAUGCGGAUUCAAGUUGUCAACAGGAGGCACACCAUACCUCGCGCUUCGAAGCGCCAGAGUCAGAAUCUGCCAAAUGAAAUGGUCACAAAUCUUCACCGACUGCGCUAGCUGCUCUGCUGCAUCUUCACCAUCGUCACCUAUUCCAGUGCUUCAAGAGCGAUUCAUUCUUCGUUUUUGCCUGUUCGUCCCAGUCACUCUCUAGGUUGCCACUUUUGGUCUGGCCUUCAGCUUCACUUUGCGUUUGCUGUGUACUGCUGCUCGUAUAAGUCUGCCCUCAUUGGCCUCCAGCCUUCUUUACCUCUUCCUCGAAUUUAUGCCCACUUGUCCUACCUGACUAAUUGUCACAGAAACUUAUGGGCAAGGCACAUACUAUGCCAUCGAGGAGGAAUACAUCUCCUCUACCAUCGUCAAUUUG